UUUGAAUAAAUAAGUACAUUUGUUUAGUUUCUCCAAUACAUAUAAAACAUUGAGUGUGUAAUUUUCUACCUGUUGUUAUAUCCCAAAGAAGAAGAGCAUUUGCAAGUAGUUAGUAGUCUCGUUGUAAUUGUGUUACUAAUUCAAAGUCGUGAGAAACCAGCUAAGCAUCAGAAUUAAAAUGGAUGAUUAUUGCAGUGAAGUUGUUAUCAAAAUAGAGGAAGAAGAUGAGGAUACGAAAGAGCAAAUUACUGGAGCAUUAGUAGAAGAAACAAAACCGAAUAUUAUUAAAGAAUUAUACAAGAGUAUCGAAGAAUCGUGCAACAAUACCAUUGUCAAAGUCGAAGUGGACCUAGUGAAUGGACAUUGUUUCGAGUCUGUGAUUGAAGUUGAAAAAAGUGUUCUUAUGGAUGUGCCAACAACAAACUAUAUCAUGGACGAGAUACAGCCGUUUGUCUGCGAUGUUUUAUGGACGUUGAAGCUGUUUUCAAGUAUCUCAAUUAUUUUGCAAACUGAGGAUACCAAAGCAAUAAAACAAUUAUUGGUUUUAUUAAUAAUACCACCUGCUUUCAAUGCUAACACUUAA